AAUCGUUUGUUAAGUGUGGGUAUCUGUGUGUCUUGAAAACCUGACUCUUUAUUUUAUGUUCUUUUAAGUUGUCAUAGACAAAACUCUUGUCAAGAUACCUUAUUAUCUUAUGAAAAUAGGUAUAGAAAAUGAAAAUAGUACUUUAUAAAAUGUAUGCGUCCGAAGUUCUUUUCUGAAUUGAUAAUAAGUUGGGACAUCCUAUCCUCUUUUGUACUCAAUGCUAAUGUUUUGUUAUUUUUUUUCAGGUGCAAAAAGUCCAAGGACACUACAAGUCGGCACUUCUGUUAAGUACAGUGCAGAUUGCAGCAACGAAAACCAAAUUUCGAUAGCUUUAUCGCAAUCUUUAAACGAACUUCAGUGCGUCCAGAAUAAUACAUGUAUAGCUUCCGCUGUUACAUCUGGGUGUGGUGACAGUCGGAGAAAACGAUCAACGUCAUCAUUAAAUGCAGAAGUACAGCUUUAUUCAGGACUUUCACAGAAUGCUUUAAAUUUAGAUACAUUCUAUUCAAACAAUAUAGUUUCAUCUGGUUUAUCAGAGCUGAUAACAGCAUAUACUGAUUUAACUAUGUCAGUUAUUCAGAUGAAUACUACGGAUGUUUUAACACUAGAUACUAAUGGCAGUAUAUACACAGCGGACCUCUCAUCAUUAAUUGUCACCACUAGUAUGAUAUGCCCAGAUGGGUCAGUGGAACAGGGCUUGGUUUGUGUGGAAUGUCCGUAUGGUACAUUCUUUAGAAAAGGACUCUGUGUUAUGUGUUCUAAAGGAACUUACCAGGACGCAAAGGGGCAAAUGCAUUGUAAAACAUGCCCUGAAGGAUUCACAACCAAUUACAUUGCUUCUACAAAUCAAACCGAAUGUAACAUUGAACAAGCUACAGAAUCAACAGGAGUCUCAGAUCUGUCUACCAAGAUAAUGUUACCAGCUGCUGUGUGUGGAUCCACGAUUCCUUUCAUAACCAUUAUUAUCAUAGGAAUCUAUAUUUAUAAAACAAAACAAAGGAAAGCAAUAAGAAACCACACCUUAAAGAUAGACACAUAUCUAAAGAAAGAUGAAUUUGACAACUGAUUAUUUUUUGCCAAUACGUUUAACAAAUGUUAUCUUAGAAAAAUUAAACUAGCUCCUGUGUCAUUAAACUGAUUGUUGUGUCUAACUCUGA